AGCGGUGAUGAUUCGGCCACUUUUUAGAAAAAUAUUUUUAGAAAAAAAAGUUUAAGAAGUAGUGUAAUUUUGUUGAUCUCAAAAUGUUCCUUCAUCCUUUGGCUCUUUUGGCUGCUAAUAUGACACCCGUAGCCAUUUCCAGUUUUCAGAUGUAGGUGGUGAAAGACAAGUUUCUAAAUCGUCCGAACCAUCCCCACCCGUGGUGAUGGUUCGGCCAGGGAGGUGGGAUGGUACGGACACUCAUAAUACUCGCCAUAAUAUUAAUAUAACUUAAGUUUGAUUGGCUAAUAAACAAGAUUAUAUCUACUACAAGACAUUUGUUUAAGCACAAAAGUAUCCUCUCAAUAUUUAUAGGAAAAAAAAUUAUAGGAGAACUAUAAGAAAUAUCUCAAAUUUUGGUAUUAUGGUUUCCUGCUCUUCUCACAAGCAUAAUAUCUGAAUAUUAAUCAACAAAAUUAACCUUUUUGUAACCGUUGCAACACCUAUAGUGUUUAAAUUGAUAUAAAUUUAAUAAAAAUCAUGAAAAAAUCAACCGUCCGAAUCAUCACGACUCUAUAAAUAACAAAUGUGUGGUCACACUCCUUUUCCAGCACGAGAGCUUCACGGGUGGUCGUGUUAUGCGGCAAUACCUUCGCCGCGCAUCGCUGCGUCACCGAAAUAAUUUACAUUUCGCUAAUUGGCAAGUUUUUGAAGCGAGAGCUUACGAUACACCCUGAAAAUAUUACAUACGAGAUGCAAAAAAAAAAUUAAAAUCGGACUUUCAUUGAAAAUAACAGUUCUGAGGGCGUGGUUGUCCCUUUGUGGGCCAAGGCAACAAAGUUUUGCACAUUCACACAAAAUCGCACGGCACUCAGUCCCAUACACUUUACAAUAGUGCUAUGGCCGGACCAUCCCACUGUCCGCUCUCCCCUACCGUUGCUGCUGUUGUUGGCACUGUUAAUAUUGACACCAUUUUAGCUACUACUUAUCAUCAUCACCGUCAUAAUCAUUAAACAUUAUAAUUUAUUAAUAACAUACGCCGCCCAGUUCACGUCAAUGACGCUUGCUGACGUAAAGGUUUGUUGUGUAGCAACGUUUUCUGAGCAGGAGAAACACUGAAGCAUGGAGGCAUGACACAGUAGGCAACAGAAAGCCAGCUGGAUAAUAACGGGGUGUCCUGCGUAAGUGAUUGAAUCCAUAUGAGGUGCGCUAGUGACCAAGGCCGUAUAACUGUGUGCCGCACGCCAUUUCGUAUUUGGUCAUUCGUGUUACUUAAUUAAUUCUAUUUUAAGGGCUACUCCCAUAUGUUCCUCCGUAAUGUAGUGGUUAGCACGCCUAGCUACGAAUGUCUGGGUGCGGGUUUGAAUUGUUUGGAGCAGUCAGCAUGCAACUCACCCAACUGUUCAUCUUAACUUUCGGGCGGGUCGAUGAGUGUGCACCUCGGGAAACCUGGGAAGGCAAACUGGUGACCCGGAAUCACACCUGCCCUGUGUCCGGGGGUAAUGGGUUCACACACACCACAGGCUCAAGGUCAGUGUGACGGAGAUGAGCACAGGAGCCACGUGCAGCUAUAUCGUAUGCCCCCAACUUGACCUUGUACUGUUACCCCCAACAAGUUGCGUGCCUACCGCAGUCUGGCACUCUGGUGACCACUUUUAAAGAAGUUCGUGUUCGUAGCGCGACCAGUACUUGGACGAGCCUUGAGGUGCUAACUCCUGCAUAUUUUACACGAGGCUUUCCAUUGCAGGCGUAAACAGCGGCGAGAGGCGGACGGGACAGACCCUUCCAGAGCCAUGGCCGAGGAGGAGAACGUGAAGGUGGCGGUGCGGGUGCGGCCAUUCAACAAACGCGAGCUUGGCAGGAAGGCCGUGAACGUGGUGGCCAUGAAGGGGCCCAUCACCACCGUCGCCAACCCGGACGACCCUCAGGACAUCAAAUCCUUCACCUACGACUACUCCUACUGGAGCUUUGACGGAUGCAAGGAACAGCCUGACGGGUACUUCGCAAAGCAGAACUCGAUAUAUGCAGACCAGAACACGGUGUACCAAGACCUCGGAGGUGGCGUGCUGGAAAACGCGUGGCAAGGCUACAACUCGACGCUCUUCGCUUACGGACAGACAGGCUCGGGGAAGUCUUGGUCCGUUAUCGGCUAUGGAGCGAAUAAGGGAAUCGUGCCGCUAUUCUGCAACGACCUCUUCAAGGGCAUCACGGAGAACACGGAGAAGAAGGAGUUUGAGGUGCGGUUCAGCAUGCUGGAGAUCUACAAUGAGGUGGUGCACGACCUGCUCAGCCCCACCAAGAACAAGAAUGGCCUCAAAGUUCGCCAGCACCCCAAGAAAGGAUUCUACCCCGAGGGCCUCAAGAUGGCACUGGUGACGAACUACAAGGAGAUCGAGCAGAAGAUGAACGAGGGGACUGUCAACCGCACCAUCGCCUCCACCAACAUGAACGCCACCUCCUCGCGCGCCCACACCAUCGUCGGGAUAACCUUCAUACAGAAAUUCAAGAACGACCUCGGACAAGAGACGGCGAAGCAGGCAGUGGUGAACCUGGUGGACUUGGCUGGCAGCGAGCGUGUUGAGAGCACCGGAGCGACAGGUUCUCGCCUCAAGGAGGGCGCCGCCAUCAACCGAUCGCUUUCCGCCCUUGGUAACUGCAUCCACGCCUUGGCAGAACAGUCCGCUGGCAAACAGGGCCGCGUGCCUUAUCGAGACUCCAAGUUGACGCAGCUCCUCAUGAACGCCCUCGGUGGGAACAGCAAAACCAUCAUGAUUGCCGCUAUUUCUCCCGCCGACAUCAAUUACGAAGAGACGCUGUCCACCCUACGCUUCGCUGACCGUGCCAAGCAGAUCAAGACCAAGGCCUUCGUGAAUGAGGACCCCACCGAGAAACUCCUGCGGGAACUGAGGGAGGAGAACGAGAGGCUCAAGAAGCAGAUGCAGGGAGGGAAGAUGGACAAGGACUUCAUCGACUCUGAUGGCAAUGGCCUUGACGAUAGAACUGAAGCGGAGCUGAAGAGGAAGUGGGAGGAGGAGAUGAAGGCGCGGAUGAAGGAGAACGAGCAGGAGAUGAUUAACAUGAAGAAGACCUACGAGGAGAAGCUCAAGAUGGCAAAGAAGGACGUGGCUGACCCGAGCAUAGAGAAGAAGGAGCAGGACAAGCACAAUAAGCCGCACAUCUACAACCUCAACGUCGACCCCAUGCUGUCCGGCCGCAUCAUUCACAUCCUCAAGCCUGGCGUCAACACCGUGGGGAACCGCAAGGGGGUGGAAUCAAACAUCACCAUCAUCAGCCCAAGCAUCCAGGAGCAACAUGCAGAGAUCAAAGUGGAGCCCAACAAGGUGGUCAUAAAGCCUGUCAACGGGGACUGUCGCGUGGUGGUCAACGGCUCACAGAUACAAGGCGAGACACCCCUCAAUCACAACGACAGGUUGGUGUUCGCGGCCACCCAGCUUUGGGUAUUCCAGAACCCGGCUGAGAGCAAGAAGUCCAAGGCUCCGUUACAAGAGAUCACAUACGAGAUGGCACAGGAAGAAAUUGCGGCCAAGAGUGGUGUUGACAUGUCCAACAGUGGGGACGCUGACAUGUCCCGCAUCCAAGAGGACUUGCUGGAGGUCAUGCCGGCAGUGGAGGAGGCAAACUCUAUCUCGGAGGAGCUGGACAAGCUGGUCAAGUUCGAGAUCCUGAUGGUGGCGCCGCAGGUGUUGGGCAAAGAGCGCGGGCGGACUGAGGUCCACGUCAAGAUGAAGAACCUUUCCAACGGCACUGAGUUCGUGUGGACCAAAGAAAAGUUCCUCAACAGACUCUACAUGAUGAAGGAAAUGUACCAGAAGUAUGAGGAUGAGGAUGAGUGGCAGAAGCCUGACGAGGAGGACCCAUUCAAGGAGUCCCUGGAUACAGAGGUUCACAUCGGCACAGUGCAAGUCAACCUCCAGCCCAUCGCCUACAACGUGGAGCUCAAGGAACAACUUGAGAUCACCAACUACAAGGGAAUUGAUGUUGGGCUGAUGAACGUGGAGCUGGUACCGUGCGACACGUCUGGUCGGGAAUACACAGAGGCAGACGACAUGUUUGUGGACGACCCGAGUGACCUGGUGGGUAAGCCGCUGAACUUUAAAGUGAAGAUUGUGAGCUGCAACGGCCUGCCCAACAAGUAUGCGGACAUGUACUGCACCUACCGAAUCUAUCUGGAUGAGGACGAAACCAAAACCAAGACAGUCUCGGAAACUUCCAACCCAAAUUUCCAACACUCCAAGAUUUAUUCAUUUACGCCAGCGACGGAACAGCUGGUCCACUACCUCAAGAACGGAACCCUAACAGUGCGUGUGAUGGGCAAGCAGCGGGUGAGACGCUCGGCCAUGCCCCUCAACAAAGGCCUCACCACCAGGGACAUGCUCAAGUCAGACCGGGCCGUGUUCUCAAGGACCGCCAACCUGAUGAACGGCUUCCAGAUGAACGGCCGCGUGGUGGACCCCCAGAAACAGUCCAUCAUUGUGGAACUGUUGCUCAUGAAGAAAACCCAAGCUCGCCUACAGCAGAAAGUGGACUCUAUACGUAAGCUCGUGAAGGAGGCUGAGAACAUUUCCAAGAUCCGCGUGUCCACCAGCCUGCUCAAGGAAGUGCUGCAGGCCAACUCCCCUGAGCAGGCCGACCUCAUCAUUAGGAAGAUUGCAGGUAAUAAUGACUAGCUGAGCCGGACUACGAUGGAUACAGGCCCGAGAGCGGAAUGUACAGCAGCUCCGUGUGUCAGCUCCUUUAGACAUGAUAGUAAUUCUUCUCUUUUUCUUCCUCUGCAUCUGACGUCAACUAAAACUUCCCUCUCGAUGCUCUAAACUAUUUUCCCUAACCUGAUUCUCCUUCUUCUUCUCCUACAUCCUCCUCCUCUGCAUUUAUUGAAAGAACAAAAGUCACAAAUUAUUCUUCUUUUUCUUCCUCUGCAUCUGACGUUAACUGCAACUUUCCUCUCGAUGUUUUAAACUAUUUUCCCUAACAUGAUUCUCCUUCUUCUUCUCCUACAUCCUCCUCCUCUGCAUUUACUGAAAGAACAAAAGUCACAAAUACUUCUCUUUUUCUUCCUCUGCAUCUGACGUCAACUGCAACUUCCCUCUCGAUGCUCUAAACUAUUUUCCCUAACCUGAUUCUCCUUCUUCUUCUCCUACAUUCUCCUCCUCUGCAUUUAUUGAAAGAACAAAAGUCACAAAUUCUUCUCUUUUUCUUCCUCUGCAUCUGACGUCAACUAAAACUUCCCUCUCGAUGCUCUAAACUAUUUUUCCUAACCUGAUUCUCCUUCUUCUUCUCCUACACUUAUUCCUCUGCAUUUAUUGAAAGAACAAAAGUCACAAAUUCUUCUCUUUUUCUUCCUCUGCAUCUGACAUCAACUAAAACUUCCCUCUCGAUGCUCUAAACUAUUUUCCCUAACCUGAUUCUCCUUCUUCUUCACCUACAUCCUUCUCCUCUGCAUUUAUUGAAAGAACAAAAGUCACAAAUACCCUCAUCUUCUUUUUCUUCCUUUGUCUCAUAUCAACUGCAACUCCUCUGCU